UUGGCGAGUUAACACAACCUAUUCUAUAAAUCGGAAAAAUGGAUUGCGGUACAAGACUUAUUAAAUAUCUUUUGUUUAUUUUUAAUAUAUUUUGUGUGAUAUGUGGCCUCCUUCUGAUUAUAAUGGGUUCAAUAUUGUUGAAAGAGCUCGAAAAGUCUUCAAAUAUUUUUAGCAUGCCCGUGGUGAUUAUUCUAGUUGGCUGUAUUACAUUCGUGGUUGCAUUCUUUGGUUGCUGUGGAGUUGUACGUGGAAGUGGUUGGUGUACCUCAAUAUAUGUGUUUGGUAUGAUAACCGUUCUAUUUCUGCAAAUUGGUUUGAUUGCAUGCCUCUUCGUGCAAGAAGAUCAAAUAAUCCGAACUGUCGAAGAGAGUGUAACUCAUAUAUGGGAAAAGAAAAGCCUGGACAAUGGAUAUGCCAUAAACUCUUUUCAAAUAGCAGUACAAUGCUGUGGUCUCAAUAGUUAUCUGGACUAUACGUACAACAACGUAACUGUCCCCAGUUCCUGCUGUGGUUCCAUGACAGGAGAAUGUGACGCAAAUAUUUACAAAUUUAAGCGUGGUUGUCGCAGUAAAAUAAUGGAUAUCUUGCAUUCAAAUAUAAACAAUAUUCGAUAUUCUUGCAUUGGAAUGGCGCUCGUAGAACAUGUGGCCAUAAUCUUAGCAUGCUACUUCAAGAAGGGCAUACGCACUUCGGACAAUACGUACAUAUAUGGCACAAGAUAAAUAUCGAUUGUCCUGAUAACCAUCAUAUCAUUGGUGUUUUAGUAACAUUGUGUUGCAUAUCAAAUGUGUAAACAACGGCAACGUAAUACUCAUGCGUAUAAAGAAUUUAAUUAAUUGUAUUUUUGCUAAAAGACAUUUGUUUGAAAUAUAACAAUGGGACAAAUUUUGUACCGAAGAAAGUAAA